AUGUUUUUCUCAACUGCAACCGCAGCUCUCGCUGCUGCACUUUGCUUACCACAAGUCGCUCUAGCUUGUGGGAGCUGCUCAUCCUCUCACGUUUACGCCCGAAAUGGCAGCGAUGGAGGUGUGCAAACUGCAAACUUGCUUCUCAACCAAGCUAUCAAAGCUCUUGGUGGCAGAAAAGCCCUGCAGAACCUCCAUGGAGUCACUUAUGAGUCCAAUGAGAUCUUCCGCCUCAGCACUUUGAUGCAGAACUACAACCUUUUCCACGAAGAUAGAUACGUGGUAUCUCAUGGUACCCAAAACAUCUCGUACUCUUUCAAGGACGGGUUUUCCCAGAGAAUUGACCGCAACUAUCAAGUCUCCGACUACUUUGCCUUUGGGACCCCAUCUAUCCCGCCUGUCCAGUUCUCACUUGUCAUGAAGGAUGGCCCCGAGGGAUAUGCUUGCUACAAUGAGGGCAACGAUCUCGUCUUCUUGCCUGGAAACGCGACUGCUGGUUACACAGACUUUCACGAUCAGCACCUCGACAUUGUUGUCGCUUUCGACCUCGAGACCAAGCUGCCUUACAUCAUCCGCUCUUUUGAAGACCAUGCCAUCUUUGGCCGAACAGAGAGCGAUCUGCGUCUUUACAACUACACUGAAGUUGAUGGAAUCCAGUUUCCUACUCACCGUUUCGUUUUCCAGAAUGGCACUGCUAUUGUGGAGCAGACAGACUUUUCAAGGGUCGUCCCGAAUCCUGACUUUUCUGCCGACUUUUUCGAAGGCCUAGAAGAGAGCAAGAGUGCGACUCCACGAGCUGCACCCGCUAAGAUUCCGGAAUACUCGCACGCAGAGAUUGGAGAGUACUGGACCAAUGCCCUCUGGAGCGGCCCCUAUACUGGAACUUAUGACAACAUCACCACAGAGACACUCGGACCUGAUCUACCCAACGCCCACAAGCUCUUGGUUGAAAACAGCCCAGUCCUGGAACAUCUCAUUCUGGAUUUCGAAGAUGGUGUUAUCGUGUAUGAGGCUCCCCCUCAUCAAACAGACCUCGUGAUUCGAUGGGUCAAGGAGAACCUGAAGAAGCCAAUCACCCAUGUCUUUCUCACACACCAUCAUCAUGACCAUAGCUACGAUGUGCAUAAGUACGUCGCUCUAGGAGCAAAGAUCAUUGUUCCUGAGGUUGCCACCAAAUACUGGAAACAGAUUCCUGGUGCCGAGCUCGUUACCUUUACUGAGGGCAAGCCAUACAUUCACGCCGACAGCACGAUGCAAGCUCGCUUUAUCUGGCACGAGGAGGCUCCUCAUUCCGUCGACUGGUCGUAUUCCAUCGUCACUACUCGCUGUCCUUCAGCAAACAGCACCAUGCUGGCUUACGAGGCCGAUUCCUUCUCCACCCUUACACACUUUGACCCUCACUUCGCUUACGGCUGGCUUAAUCAAGCCGUUGCUGACGGCAUGAGCAACAACACCAUUGUCGUCCCUACUCACGGAAUGCCGGUUCCUCUGUCAUUUCUCCUUGACCAGAUUAGUUAUGUCUACCCGGCUCUGGAUUCGACUGAUCUCCAUGCCGGUGUGCCCAGCUGCCUCGCUUAUUAG